AUUUUCAUUCUUCACCGCACAGUCGGUUCAACACGAUUUCAACGCAUUCGGUUAAUUUUUGAGAGGAAGACAAACCUCCUUCUUGUUGUCAUGUUGUGGGGUGUCUUCCUGCACUUUCUCUCGGUGUUUAUCCCGUUCGUGUGCAUCAGUUUUCUCAUUUAUUUAUUGUUAUCGCAUUUUAAAAGCGGAGCCUGGCGAAAACAAGCCGAUAAAUGGCAGCAUUUGUUAGUUGUAACAGCUCAUCCGGAUGAUGAAUGCAUGUUUUUCUCCCCUUCUAUUUUUGAUUUCAUUCGAAGACAGAAGCAUGUUUCGGUUUUAUGCUUAUCUGACGGUACUUACAUGCAGUUGGCAGAUACAAGAAAAAAGGAACUUUAUGACAGCUGCAGAAUUCUAGGAAUACAAGAAAAUAAUGUACAGUUAGUUGGUGACAGUUGUUUUCCAGAUGAUCCUUCUCGGAUCUGGAAUGAAGAGCUUGUUGCACGGAUCAUUCUCAAACAUUUGCUCAUAAUAAAACCUGAUGUGGUCUUGACCUUUGAUCAGUAUGGCAUCAGUGGACACAACAACCACUGUUCAAUAUACUAUGGCUGUAGGAAACUGCUUCAAGAUGGAAGAGCUCCGUCAGGUAUUAAUUUUUACAGCCUAGAAACUACAAAUAUUCUACGAAAGUAUGUGUCAUUCCUGGACAUUCCUCUCUCUACAGUGUUGACAUCAAAAUGCUAUAUAUCUACCAUUAGUGCUGCCAUCAGAGCUGUUCGUGCCAUGUGUGCACACUCGACACAAAUCACCUGGUAUCGCAUUGCCUAUCUCAUGUUCUCACGAUAUAUGCUCAUCAAUACUCUGGUAGAUGUCUUACCUGGUAUCAACAUGCCCAGAUGAUUGAACCCCAACAAGCAGCAGCAGCAACGGCACCACCACCAUUCCAACUACAGAGGCUGUCACCUACACCUAUCAGGCAUUUCUUCAACAAAUGUUUCAAAUGGAUAAUCUUUAAGCCAUGUUUUGAUCUCUCUGUCUGUCUCUCUCUCUCUCUCUCUCUCUCUCUCUCUCUCUCUAUCAUAAAAGGACCAGAUCACACACAUCAACAUUCU